GUGACUGUUCUGUUUACAGGCAUCCGGAGAAACAUGGAGGACACCGCUGGCAGUAAUCCCCAAUCUCUCGGAUUUACAGAAAAAUUAAAGUCGUGGCUCUCCUGGUCAUGGACUUACGUGUGCUUCAUUUGGUUGGGCAUGGUGCUGAUCAUGAUUUACGUCCUGUGGAGUCCGCUCAAACUGCAGGAAACUCUUACCUCAGCAUCAGUGUUUUUGAAUACACUGACCCCCAAGUUCUAUGUGGCUCUCACUGGAACAUCCUCCCUCAUCUCUGGACUCAUCCUUAUAUUUGAGUGGUGGUAUUUCCGUAAAUAUGGGACCUCGUUCAUUGAACAAGUGUCAGUGAGCCACCUUCGUCCUCUUCUGGGCGGAGUGGAGAGCAGCUCCACCACUGGUCUGUUCACAUCAGUAAAUGGAGAGGCAGAGCCCAGGCCCAGUGUUUCAGAGUGUAAAGUCUGGAGAAACCCUCUGAAUCUGUUUAGAGGAGCAGAAUACAACAGGUAUACCUGGGUAACAGGGAAGGAACCUUUAACAUACUAUGAUAUGAACCUGUCUGCUCAAGACCACCAGACCUUCUUCACAGGAGACACUCCACAGUUAAGGCCAGAGGAUGCAGUGAUGCAGAAAGCCUGGAGAGAGAGGAACCCUCAAGCCAGGAUCAGAGCUGCUUACCAGGCCAUAGAAAUAAACAAUGAAUGUGCUGCUGCGUAUGUACUGCUCGCUGAAGAAGAAGCCACAACCAUCACAGAAGCAGAACGCCUUUUCAAAAAAGCACUAACAAUUGCUGGAAAAGAUAUCAACCUACUGGUAUACAUUAAACGCAGACUGGCGAUGUGUGCACGUAAGCUCGGGCGGAUUAAAGAAGCAGUAAAAAUGAUGAGAGAUUUAAUGAAGGAGUUCCCUUUAUUAGGAAUGUUAAAUAUACAUGAAAACCUCUUGGAGGCUCUUCUAGAGCUGCAGGCAUACGCUGAUGUGCAAGCAGUCCUUGCCAAAUAUGACGACAUCAGUUUGCCAAAAUCAGCAACAAUAUGCUACACAUCAGCGCUGUUGAAAGCACGGGCUGUAUCAGAUAAAUUUUCUCCAGAGGCUGCGUCGAGGCGAGGGCUGAGCACAGCGGAAAUGAACGCUGUAGAGGCCAUACACAGAGCUGUCGAGUUUAAUCCACAUGUGCCAAAGUACUUGUUGGAGAUGAAGAGCCUGAUCCUGCCACCAGAGCACAUCUUGAAGAGGGGUGACAGCGAGGCAGUAGCAUACGCUUUCUUCCACCUGCAGCACUGGAAGAGAGCAGAGGGAGCCUUAAACCUACUACACUGCACGUGGGAGGGCACCUUCAGGAUAAUUCCCUAUCCACUAGAGAAGGGUCACCUGUUUUACCCCUACCCUGGAUGCACAGAAACAGCAGAUAGAGAGCUACUGCCCUCGUUUCAUGAGGUGUCUGUGUACCCAAAGAAAGAGCUCCCCUUCUUCAUCCUCUUCACAGCAGGCCUUUGCUCCUUCACUGCCAUGCUGGCCAUGCUCACACAUCAGUUCCCUGAGCUCAUGGGUGUCUUUGCCAAAGCAUUCUUCAGCACACUCUUUGCUCCCCUGGGUUUCUUCGCAGACAAGAUGGAAAGCUUCAUGCCGUCCAGUUUUUGGCACCAGCUGACUCGAAUCUGACCCCAUCUCAUACACACAAACACUCACACACACACUCACACAACACACACAUGUACACACCAAUACCACUCCAAGCCCUCAGACAAAAAGUGUUUGCUCUCCUGUCUUCAGCAUUACUGUCCACUAGCUGCAUUGUUACUGAUUAUGUUGGCUGAGGUUGUAUCAACACGCCAAUACCACUCUUAAGAUGCUCUCCCACACUGUUGAGCAGCCAGUGUUUUUCCAAGACCACAUUUAGUGAAUAACAUUUGCAACGAUUUCACAGGGUCGUUCAUUUCUACUUGUGUUCAAAUUGGGCAAUUUGAAGUUUCUAAGUAUCCCACAAAGCUUGGCUGCAGACUCUCUUGUACAAAACUAAAUAAAAAUCUUUUGGGAUGCACUGCCUUCAGUACGUAAAAGCUAAAAACUGCAUCUUCUUGAUGGUCCUCAAACUAUGGUUCAGUUAGAUGAAUUUGCUUCGGCUGACAAGGCAGAAACAGGAGAAACCUCUAAUAAUGAACAUGUAACUAUUAUGAUCCCCUCCUUCGUCCCUGAAUUAGAUCCCAUUGAGUAUUUUGGAUGGGAACCUGAGCGUCCUGUAUCAACCCACCGCAGACAUCCACUAAAGCCAAUAUAAAAGUCUGUAACAUCUCCUAAAACCAGAGCUGUGAUUUACAGCCUCCAAGUGCCUGCAGUGUAUACAACGCCUCUGCGGUUCAACAGUUGUUACCAUGGCAUGACACCUCAGCACUAUAUCACUGGGGCAACCACCGCCCCCUCAACAUCAAAAAUGUAAAUGGGAUCAUCUCUGGUCACAGUUAGGUCUCUAAUGGUGUAACUCGUUUGUGUUGAUUGCACGACAGAUCAUUCGAAGUCUGUUUGUCAGUGUUGCAAAAUGAAAAACAAGAGGCUCAGUAAUUACAGAAGUUCCAUAUGUACUUACGACCACGUAGAGAAGCACUGGAAGGAAGUGGGCAAAAAUGUACCAAUUUGCUUGCCCUGCAUUUAAUUGGCUCUGUUCAUGUUGCUAGAAAUUUCGUGACACUGCUGUAACUGGUUUGGUUCCUGGAUAGUUGCUACACACAAGAUAGCUGCAACAAUGUAAGGGCCUAUGUCCACUGGCAAAAGUUUGAAGCACUCCAAGUGCAAAAAAAGUCAGCUAUGUUUUUUGUUGCUGCACUGUCGGCGCACUCAGUUGAAAACAGUUGAACUUUGGUAACACCACCACUUUUGUCAGUGUCACUUUUACAUUGACCAAUGGAACUUUCUGAUUUCAACUUAGUCAAUAACAAUCAUCGUACAAAUUAAACUAAUCAUGCUUGUUUUUUUUUGUGCCGUCCAGGUCUAGACCGGCUUGUAAUACAACAACACAAGGACAACUUUUGUGAUCUAGCAACUCUAGGCGGUGUUGAGAAGCAAUCUGAAAUUGAGGUUGGCGCUGUCAAUGCAUAAAACGUGUCACUAGGCACAGGCCCUAAAGUUAGCAUCCAAAAAUGACAGUCCUGCACUACACAUGUAACAAAAUUGAUUACAAAGUGCCUUCAAGUACAACAUAUACGCAUCUGGUAUUUCCUGCACCUGCAGUAUUGAUGUUAAGUUUGGUGCCAAUUCUGCUUAAUUUGGAUCACAUCAAUUUGGCAAUUAGAUACCAUCAAUAUUCACUCAACGAUUUUCUUUAUGACGACCAAGGAAUUAGCUUUUUAUCAUGUAGGAGCCAAGUCAGAAAACAUGACAAAAACAGGAGGUUGCUUGUGACAAAAUGAAACACGCAGACCUGUUUACAGUAAUAUGUUAAGGUCUAGUUUAUAUUUUCUGUUACCCUGGUUUACUUUAAACUUAUAAAUCAAAUUUUAUUUCUACUGUGGCCUGUGAUAUUUGUGUGUUCAACUUCGUGACACCAGAAAUGUCUAAUUUUGUAGCAAGCAGCUGAAAUGUAAGAGUACGUGCUGAAGACAGGAGAAUGCUGGAUGGAUGUAACAGCCUUGGAAGAGUUUGAAAGCAAAACUCAAAUUAAAUUGCUCUAACAGUG